CGAAGGUCGCCAUCAGGAGAGUAUUGGCACAUUUUACCGCUUACAUUUUUUUCUAAUCCAAUGCAGUCAUGCCAUGCUUCAUUUCCGGUUUAGGACUCCUGCCCCACUUCCGACAAUACUGUCAAACAGCGUGAGCCUCAUUUCCUGGGGUUGGACCAUCUACGGAAAGCGAACCCGGAAGCGAUACAAAAACACUUUGGUAAAUAGACUGACAAGCCCGGGCCGCAGUGAAUGAACGUGCGAACGCAGACAGCGGAAAUGGUGCAGCCCAAAGAGAGCUCUGCCGCUGAAUACAACCCAUGUGAGGGGGGCCCAGGGGACACAUCCCUGGGGAAGCCUGAAGUUCUUCCUCCUGAACUGACCAGUAACGAAGCCUUUCAACGUAUAUGGGCAGAAAACCAUGACCUGAGAGCUGCUCUAGAACAGAGCAACAUGAUGUUACGCAAAGGACAUGGCGACAUGCUGGAGUUUCAGGAUUCGCAGAGAAAGGAGAGAGAGUUCAUCACAUACAAGUUUGGUGAGGCGCGGGACCUGGUGCUGAGGCUUACCAAUGAGCGAAACUCCCUGCAGGCGCAGCUGGAGGAAGCCAUGAAGCAGCUGGCAGAGGUGAGAGAAGAGAAGAGUCGAGGGAGCACAGAGAAUGAGCAGGGGCGGCUGGAGGAUACCAUUCUGACUGACCGAAGAUCCCCAAGGAAAGCGUAUGAGGAACAGGAUUACGCCACCCCAGGGAGCUCUUUGUCCUCAUGUGAAACACUGACCCACAGUAUCUGUGAAACAAUCAGGCAGACUGUGCCAGAUGAAGAGGGGCCAUCCCGAAACAAGCAGAAAGAAAAUGGCAACAAGGAAGUUUGUAUGGAAAAUGAAAUCAUGCAAGGAACUGUGGACCGGAACUCUAGAACUGAGCAGGAAUUCCAGAAGAAACUGCAGGACGCUGAAGCCAGGAAUACUCAGUUUCUGCGUCAGAUUGCAGAUCUACAAGAGGAAGUAUCUAAGCUUAGGCGCCAGGUGGUUGAAAAAGGAGAGGAAUCUCAAAAGCAACUGCAAAGUUUGCAACUGCAGAUGGAGCAACUGUCUGAGGAGAGGAAUUCAGUAAAAGCCCAGGUGACCUCUCUAUUGGGGGAGCUGAAAGAGAGUCAGACAAGUCUGGAGAUCUGCCUGCAGGAAAAGAGAAAGGUAGAGGACAGCCUCCGUAGUGCCCUGGAGGAGAAAAAGGGCUGGGAAGCCCAAGUGAAGCAACAGGUUGUGCAGCUUGAUCAGCGAAUGAUGCAAGUACAGAAUUUGGAAACAGCGUUAAAAAUGGAAAGACAAAAUGCCACAGACGAGAAGAGGAAACUGGCACAGCUUCAGGUUGCAUAUCACACGCUCUUCCAGGAAUAUGACACACAUAUCAAGGUCAGCAUGCAGCAAGCCAAGCACACCAAGGGGGUGGACCUGCAGAUCCAGGAGCUGAAGCAGCAGCUGCAAGAGGCAGAGGAAGCUCUGGUUGCCAAACAAGCACUGAUUGAUAAAUUAAAGGAUGAGGCAGAGAAACAGAGGACUGAAUUAGACACUGUGCCAGUGCUGAAAGCACAGGUGGAGAUAUACCGGGCUGACUUUCUGGCAGAGCGAAAAGCACGCGAGGAGCUGCAUGCAGAGAAGGAGAGGUUGCAGGAACAACUGAAUGUUCUACUGCAAGAGAGGCUGAGCAAUAGGGCAAUGAUUGAUGAGAUGAGGAACAGGCACUCUGAUACCCUUCGCCCCACCUUGCCCCAUGGCCCAUCCCUGUACCCCCUUCAGCCCGCAAUGCCUUUCCAACCGGAGGUCGAACCGCCAGACUUCAGCUGCCCCAAGUGCUUUUAUAAAGCACCAGAUAUGGACACCCUACAGAUACACGUUAUGGAUUGUAUACAGUAACUUGUGAAAACUGUGGACUGCACAUAGACCCUAAGAUUCUUGGGGGAGUACAUUUUGGUUGAUACUAUUCUUUGUGCUAUUUGUCUCCCACUCUGUUGUAAAUGAAAACAGAAUCCUACUGACAUCUGUUAUAUUAACCACUUGUAAGAACAAGCAAUUAAAAGGUUGCUUCUGUAUAUAAUUGAUUUUUCUAGGUCAGGGAUUGGCCACUGCAGGAGAACAAGAUUGGAGAGAUAAAAGCCCACGGCAUGCCAUGGUUUUUCUUCCUUGGUGUAAUUUUUUGCCUUUUAUGGUGUGACGUGAGCAAUUAAUGUUUAAAUAUAUUGCCCCCUCUCAUCAACAAGUUGGUCAAACCAGCUCAUUCAUUUCUCUCUGCUAAUCUCUUAACAAGUUGAUCCAGUAGUUCUGAAGUUGGUUGAUCGGUCUAGCAGAACCAAAAGCAAACCAUCUUGACCAUUUUUCGCCGUCAGCCCAAAACAUAUGCUCUUUUGCACUGUCUGCAUUGAAGUGUCACGUUGUUAGUAACACCGAUAUUAUUGUGCCUUUUAUUGUAAAUAUCAUUUCAGUGCUGCUAAUGUUAGAGAAGACAAAGUCUUCAGCCAAUGUCCUUUUUUAUAAACAAUAAAUCUGAAUAACUGUAACUGGACAGUGCUUCCUGUUUCUCAAA